GGUAGCUGGGUGGGCACGCUGGAAACUGCCUGGUUUUUGCAGGUAUGGCGAUGGUUGAAGAGUCGGUGCCUUUCCUGAGUUUUAACGCUGCUUGCUCACCGCAGAUUGAUGCAUUUUUAGAGUCGAACGAUUGCACCGGCAAUGCUGAGCAGGACCCAGCCCUUGAUAGCAAGUGGGUGCUUUGGGAACAGCUAGGGCUUUCUGCCCAGCGUGACAGCUCUCAGUACUCCCAAGCUACCCAAAAAGUGGCCACCCUGGACACCAUCAAGGCGUUUUGGAGGUAUUGGAACCACAUGCCCCAACCCAGCCUGCUGCUGGAGGGCAAAAAGUUCCUACGAAUCAAGGAUGAUGGCCGACUUGUUGUCGACGCCCUGAUGCUCUUCAAAGAUGGUAUCCGUCCGGAGUGGGAGGAUGCCGUGAAUUCCAAGGGUGGCCACUUCACCUACCAGUUGAAGGCAUCGCUGGGUGGAGGUUUGAUUGACGAGAUUUGGAAUAACACGGUCCUGUGCUUGAUUGGAGGGUCAGUUGCGAAUGCUGACUUGGUCACAGGAGUACGGCUGGUGGAUAAAUUGGCGCACAAGCGAACGCCACACGUGCGUAUCGAGGACGUCAUGAAAGCUGCCCUUUGACAAGAAACGAAACUGUCAACGCCGUGAACACUUUUCACACUCUCUGUCUAGUUGCCAGGAUAAGAACUUCUUGUUUCGGUGAGUAUUGGGAGUUGAACUUCGCGCAGGUUUGGUUUUCCAACAUGAGUGCAACGGAGAAGAUCGAUCAACUGCAGCAGAGCCUUGAGAGGUGCAUGCUGAUGCGACUCGAUGGUGUUGAAAGACCCACUGUUUGGGGGAAAAGCGAAAGAACCUCCCAUGCACCGCAGAAGUGAGGCUGCAGGGCUCGAGCGUUUUUAAGUGUUAUGUUUUCUCCAA